AUGGGUACCGGCAUUGUUUCGAUCCUCCUUCACAAUAUCCCCUACAAUGGGACCUGGCUGUAUUGGAUUUCCGUGAUUAUUUUUGCAUUAAAUGUGCUCGUUUUCACGAUAUUCUCUUUCAUCUCGGUUUUACGAUACUUCACCUACCCUGGACUCUGGACUGCAAUGGUUCGCCACCCUGUGGUCCCCCUUUUCUUAGGGGCAUUCCCUAUGGGCCUUGCCACCAUUAUCGAAAUGAUUGUUCUGGUCUGUGUACCAGCAUGGGGCCACUGGGCGAUCACUCUGGCAUGGACAUUGUGGUGGAUAGAUUCUGUCAUGGCUAUUGCAAUAUGCUACUUGGUACCUUUCGCGAUGAUUCAUCUUCAUGACACGAAACUUCAAGCAGCUAAUGCAGCUUGGCUUUUACCAAUCGCUUCCGUUAUCGUUGCGUCUGGUGUAGGCGGAGUUGUGAGCUCAGUCCUCGUCAAUGAACAGCAUGCUCUUUGGACUCUCGUGGUCUCCUAUAUUCUCUGGGGCACGUCAAUCCCGCUCUCCAUGUCGUACCUGGUUAUCUACCUGCACCGUCUCUUGAUGCACAACUUGCCGCCUCGAGAAGUCAUCGUUUCAGCAUUCAUCCCCGUUGGAACGCUAGGCCAAGGAGCAUUCGCGAUCAUGCAGUUUGGAAAGGUCGCGUUGAUGAUAUUCACAAAGACGAACACAUUGGGAGGAGCAGACACCCAUUCCGGGGAUAUUCUCUAUGUGUUUGGCUGGAUAGCUGGUCUCAUUAUGUGGGCGUAUGGGCUUGUAUGGCUAUUCUUUGCUCUGGCAGGUAUUACCCGUGGCAAAGUGCCUUUCAAUCUUGGCUGGUGGGGAUGUACAUUCCCUCUUGGCGUCUGGGCCAGCGCUACGCUAUCUUUUGGAGAAGAAAUGCCGUCAACAUUCUUCAAAGUUUUAGGGACCGUCUUUUCAGUCAUCGUGACUUUGCUUUGGAUGAUGGUCUCCAUAUACACGAUUCGGAAUAUUGCCAACGGUCAGAUUUUUGUUGCUCCGGAUUUCAAUUUCUGGCAGGAGUUGAAAAAUCGACCACCAAAAGAAAAUGAAAGCAGUGGGGAUAAUGUAUAA